CUCCGGUCGAAGUCGAACCGUCCCACCGUCGAUAACCCUUGGCCUUCUUUUUGAGAAAAGAACCCUUGGUCUUCGUCCGCUCGUCCGCCUCCGCUUAAACUUCCGAUAAUGGCCUCCGUUGCCGCUGCAUCGACGCAACCGAUCAGAGCUUCCCUUCCCCUCUCUUCCUGGAGAAUUAAUGGAGCCAGAAGGGUGGUUGCGGCCGCACGCCGUAUCGCUUCUCCUCCUUUCAUUUCGCCCGUCUCUCGUCCGUAUGGAAGCGGCUGCGUUCCCCUUUUUGGUCAUCCAUGGCGACUCCAAUCCAAGCGAUUCGGCCCUGCUCUCUCGAUCCGAUGCUUCUCCGCGUUGAGCCCGGAAAUGAGGUCGACGUUGGAUAAGGUGGUGAAAUCACACACAGUGGUUCUUUUUAUGAAGGGAACCAAGGAUUUCCCACAGUGUGGCUUUUCAAGCACUGUUGUGCAGAUACUGAAGUCGCUAAAUGUGCCAUUCGAGACGCUGAAUAUACUGGAGAAUGAAAUGCUGCGCCAGGGGCUGAAGGAGUACUCCAACUGGCCAACGUUCCCUCAGCUUUACAUUGAUGGGGAGUUCUUUGGUGGCUGUGAUAUUACAGUUGAAGCAUACAAGAGUGGACAAUUACAGGAGCUGUUAGAGAAAGCAAUGUGUUCUUGACCUGUGUUGGACUACAGCAAGACAAUCUUAUACUUGAUUUGACCCCAUGAAGCUGGUUUUUGGAGGACGCGUGCUUUGGUAGCUGAAAUCAUGCAUAAAAUUUCAAAGCGUCAAAAGAGUCGGAACAUGUUGUCCUGAUUAGCCGUUGUGCUUGCUUAACAACCAGUUUAUUGCACACUUUCCGAAAGUUCAUGGCCCGCGCUGCAUCAAAAGGACACAAUUGCUGUCAGCACUAUAAUUAUUUUAAGGAAAACAAUGUCAAACUAAGAACUACUGUAAUGCAGAAAU